AGCUGAUAUGUUGUUUGCCGUGUUGAUGAAGUGUAUGUGUGGCAUAACAAAUACGCAACACGGAAUGUGAUAAUCCGAAGACGUAUCGAAACGUACUGGGAUACAAGUGAACUGUGCUAGUUUUGCGUUAUGGCUGAGACUGAUACAGCUAUUAGAGACAUUACUUCGAAAGAAAUAGUGAAAUCUAGAACUGGGCAUGGCGCGCAGAAAAGAACAUUUAAAAUUAUCGUAGUUGGAGACACAAACGUCGGUAAAACAUGCUUAACGUAUAGAUUCUGCGAAGGGAAAUUUCUGUGUAAGUCGGAGGCGACAAUAGGCGUUGAUUUUAGAGAAAGGACAGUGGACGUCAACGGAGAGGAGAUUAAAUUGCAGCUGUGGGACACAGCUGGACAAGAGCGCUUUCGUAAAUCUAUGGUUCAACAUUAUUAUCGAAAUGUUCAUGCUGUUGUUCUGGUGUAUGAUGUGACAAAAUUAGCAUCUUUUCAGUCAUUACCACACUGGAUUGAAGAAUGCAAUCGACAUAAUCUCACCAGUGACAUUCCUCGCAUUUUAGUGGGAAAUAAGUGUGACUGUAAAGAAGAACAAGUGGUAAAAACAAACACUGCACAGAAGUUUGCAGAUCAUCACAACAUGCCGCUCUUCGAAACUUCUGCCAGAGAUGAAAGUGAAUGUGAUAAUGUUGAAGCCAUAUUUCUAACUUUGGCACAUAAACUAAAAAAUCAUAAGCCAAUGAUGCCACCAAAUAAUGCACAAAACAAUGUGUCUCCUGAAGCAUUGCACCGAGCAGAUGUUAUCUCCAUCACACGAGAAUCAACACACACAUAUUCAUCUGCAAGUAGUGAUAGCUCUUGUUGGUGUUAAUUGUGCUCGGAAAUGGAUAGUUGUCGGAGAUGUUAUGCCUAAGAAAUUUGACAAAUCCUUGGAGAGAUUGUAUAUUUGAAUUGAAAGUUCUCUGUGCCAAGGUCUCUUCAUUGACUAUCAAUAAUAUACUGAGUUUCCUUUUUGCAAGAAGUGUGUAAUGUUCUGAAAUUUGUGAUUCACUGUUAAAUGAGAUUUUCAUUGUAGGCUACAAUUAAACAGAAUAUGAAACAGUAAACAGAGAACCAAUUGUGUUCAUUCAUACAUAUUCAAUUUGUAGAAUACAUUUGUAAUUACCAUUAAUAUUAUUUUGUGAUUAUUAUUUCUUUGCAUCAGAAAUAUAUUUUAUGUAAUAGUUAUCCUCAAUUAUGGGUUUUAUAGUUUAUAUAUUAAUAUAUUGUAAUGAACUUUCUUGUAUAUUGAUAAAGUGUGAGUAAUGUACAGGGUGAAUUUUUGUAAUAAUGCUGCCAUUUCUUAAGGGUUCUAAGUGAUCUAAUGAGUAGAUUUCAUUGUACAUCUACAUUCGGUCUCUGAUGGUGAGGCUGUAUUAAGAAAUACCCUGUUGAGGAUGACUACGUAAAGCAUGAUUUAUUAAUUAAGUAUUUAAUUCUCAACUGUGAUAUUCGAAGACUGUCACGCAUUGUGAACUAAAUGUAUGAAAAAGUAAACAUAAAAUGAAAAGCAAUGAUUGACAAUGUGUAAACAGUUUUAAUAAGUGAAAAUGGCAAAGUUUACUGAUGCUCAGUGUUGCUUUUUUGGUGAAAAUAUUUACAUAUGCAAAACAGUGUGUUAAAAGCUACAUUCAGUUUAGAAUAAUGUCCAUAAUUUUAUAUUAUCUGCUUGAUGGGUGAAAAAAAUCCUGCAUUCAAAAUAUCAGCCAAUUUCUUCAAACAUCAGUAGUGAUAAAUUCAGAAAAUUCGUUCUUCAUUGUAAAUGAAUAUAUGCACAGUUUACAAAGCACUGUAUAGUACAGUAUAACUGUGGGUUUGUAAUUUGUGAAAACAAUUGUUCAAUUGAAAAAUUAUUUGUGAAACGUAUGAAUUCAUUCUUUUGGUUGAAAAGAGGGCUGUCAUUUCACAUUUCUGCUGUAAAUUAUUAGUCUGAAACAUUAGGUUAUUGUGUGAAAUGAAACAUCAAACAUGAGAAACAAAUCAUGUAACAUUCUGUUGUUUGAUAUUAAACCAAAUUAACAGUUGCAUUAUCUAUAUCUAAG